GCCGAGCCGUCCGCUUUAAGGCCCUCUCCUCCCGCACCCGGCCCCCAGGAGCCUGGAGCGCCCGGGAUCCGGAGCGUGCGUGAUGACGCACGUGCGCGCGAAGACGUGGGGACGCAGGCGAGUCGUAGAGAGCGUUCAGCUGUCUGUAUAUGUCCCCAGAUACCUAAAACUGACCACCUGAGCACGUUUUCCCAUUGCUGAGCUGUUUCCCUGAUAUCUGGCCAUGCAACGGAGAUCAAGAGGGAUAAAUACUGGACUUAUUCUACUCCUUUCUCAAAUCUUCCAUGUUGGGAUCAACAAUAUUCCACCUGUCACCCUAGCAACUUUGGCCCUCAACAUCUGGUUCUUCCUGAACCCUCAGAAGCCACUGUAUAGCUCCUGCCUUAGCGUGGAGAAGUGUUACCAGCAAAAAGACUGGCAGCGUUUACUGCUCUCUCCCCUUCACCAUGCUGAUGAUUGGCAUUUGUAUUUCAAUAUGGCAUCCAUGCUCUGGAAAGGAAUAAAUCUAGAAAGAAGACUGGGAAGUAGAUGGUUUGCCUAUGUUAUCAGCACAUUUUCUGUACUUACUGGAGUGGUAUACCUGCUCUUGCAAUUUGCUGUUGCCGAAUUUAUGGAUGAACCUGACUUCAAAAGGAGCUGUGCUGUAGGUUUCUCAGGAGUUUUGUUUGCUUUGAAAGUUCUUAACAACCAUUAUUGCCCUGGAGGCUUUGUCAACAUUUUGGGCUUUCCUGUACCGAACAGAUUUGCUUGUUGGGUCGAACUUGUGGCUAUUCAUUUAUUAUCACCAGGGACUUCCUUUGCUGGGCAUCUGGCUGGGAUUCUUGUUGGACUAAUGUACACUCAAGGGCCUCUGAAGACAAUCAUGGAAGCAUGUGCAGGUUUAGGCGGUUUUUCCUCCAAUGUUGGUUACCCAGGACAGCAAUACUACUUUAAUAGUUCAGGCAGCUCUGGAUAUCAGGAUUAUUAUCCGCAUGGCAGGCCGGAUCACUAUGAAGAAGCACCCAGGAACUAUGACACGUACACAGCAGGACUGAGUGAAGAAGAACAGCUCGAGAGAGCAUUACGAGCCAGCCUCUGGGACCAAGGAAAUACCAGAAAUAGCCCACCACCCUACGGGUUUCAUCUCUCACCAGAAGAAGAAAUGAGGAGACAGCGGCUUCACAGAUUCGAUAGACAGUGAGGUGGCGUCUUGGGAAGACAUGGCCUAUUCGUAUCCUCCUCAUCCAGCCCCCAUCUGAAUCCUGUAACAGACACCACCACAUCUACACAGUUUCCACAUACCACUUGGAAUUGCUGGUUAUGCUGCAGUGACAGAAUGUCUUGUCUUUAGAUGGUAAGCUUCAUGAGGGCAGGGACCAUCUGUUUCUCUGUCUCUCCUCACAGUGCCUUGAGCAGUGCGUUGUCUGGAAUGUCGGAACCAAUAAAUACUUGUGGAUU